CACCGUGGAGCACAAGUUCCUUCACCUGCUGGGCUUCUGGCACGAGCAGUCGCUCAGAGGAUAGAGUGAUAGUGUUUGCUCUCUCGCUCUGGUUAGUUUGAUUUGAGCCAUGCUUUCCAGAAUGCUAAUCCUGGUCGUUGCGCUGACCUGGUACCGAACGGUGGCCAAACUAUCUGGAGAAACAGAAAUUGAUGUGGAUGAGGGCCAGGACUGGGAUAUCUUGGAUGUCAAUAAGGGACUUGACUUGUUGGAGGGUGAUAUUGAAAAUGUCGAGUUUGACGAGAGAAACACCAUCAUCGGAGAUCAGUACCGUUGGCCGAAAACGAUUCCUUACUAUAUAGAAGAAAGCGUUGAGAUGAAUGCCAAAGGGGUGAUUCUGAAGGGCUUUGAGCAGUACAGACUGAAGACAUGCAUUGACUUCACACCAUGGAAAGGGGAGGAGAACUACAUCUCUGUGUUCAAGGGCAGCGGUUGCUUCUCCUCUGUGGGGAACCGGCGCGAGGGGAAGCAGAGGCUGUCCAUCGGCAGUAACUGCGACCGCCUGGGCACCGUGGAGCACGAGUUCCUGCACGCGCUGGGCUUCUGGCACGAGCAGUCCCGGGCGGACCGCAACGACUAUGUCAACAUCAUGAAGGAUCAGAUUGAGCCGGGCAAGGCUCACAACUUCAACAAGUACGACGACAAGGUGUCCAGCUCCCUAGGCGUGCCCUAUGACUACGGCUCGGUGAUGCACUACGGCAAGAGAGCGUUCAGCAUCGCCUCGGCGCCGACCAUCGUCACCAAGAUCCCAGAGUUCAUGGACGUGAUCGGCCAACGGAUAGAGAUCAGCGACAGCGACCUCCUCAAGCUGAACCGCCUCUACAACUGCACCACCUCUUCCACCUUUGUGGAGAGCUGCGACUUUGAGGAGCUGAACAUCUGUGGGAUGAUCCAGGGUCCGAACAACAAGUGGGAACAGCGUAUGGCUGUGAGUGCAGGACCUCAAACAGACUUCACCUCAAUGGGACAAUGCAAAGGAAAGGGCUACUUCAUGCAUUUCAGCACUGCAUGUGGGUCCGCUGGGGACAGUGGGUUUCUUGAGAGCCGGUUCCUGUAUCCUAAGCCUGGGGUCCAGUGUCUGCAGUUCUUCCUCUACAGCAGCGGGGGUGCUAACGAUUCCCUCAAGAUGUGGGUGCGGGAGUAUGACGAACUCAACCCUCAAGGGAGAAUGACGCUUUUUGAGACCAUAACAGGUUCAAGAAGAUCAUGGGAGCUGCGUCACGUGACUCUCAACAUAACCAAAAAGUCCAGAGUGGUGUUCGAGGGGGUGAAGGGAGACGCGUCUGCCAGGUUGGGGGGUCUCUCGCUCGAUGACGUCAACAUCUGGUCCGGCCAAUGCCCCCAGCAUGUGUGGAAAAUACGCAACAUCACCAGUCUCCUGGCAACCACGCCAGUAGGCACCAAGGUGUACAGUCCCUCUUUCCUGUCACCGACUGGCUAUUCUUUCCAGGUAGGUUCGUACCUCAAUGGACUCAGCACCCGUCCUGACACCAUGGCGCUCUACCUGUACCUGACCUCCGGCCCCAAUGACAACAGCCUGAAGUGGCCUUGUCCCUGGCACCAGGCCACCAUGUCUCUGAUGGACCAGCAGUCGGAUGUCAGGACCCGGAUGAACAUGCAGCACAUGUUCACCACUGAUCCAAACAAGAAGGACGGUCUUGAGUUCUUCUGGGACCGGCCCAGUAAGGUGGGGUCCCUGGUGAAUGGCCCUGAUGGGAGCUACUACCGCGGCCCUGGCACUGGGACGAGCAGCUUCCUCACUCACAGCCGACUGCACAGCAGGAAGUACAUUAAAGGAGACGACGCCUACUUCCUCCUGAGUCUGCAAGAUAUUUCUCAGUUGCUGCUCCCUCAGCCCCUGCCACCCUCUGCACCCCACCCCAAGGAGAGGGCCCUGGCCCCAGACGUACCCCUUGGGGCCAACAAAGGCCAAAAUACCCUAGUGAUGGCGCUCACGCUGACGGUGUCAGCAUCGCUGCUGUUGGUUGCCUUGGUUACCAGCAUGUACGUGCGGAGGAGACUGAGGACACAGUGGCAGCAGAUUGACAAAGCGGUCCUCUUAGAGGGCAUGCCUGGAUUACUGGAACAGAAGGCCUGAACGAUUCACCACGCGUCUCUUUGAUCAACCAGCCGUGGGAAACCCACAAGACUGCCCACUGAAUUACUAUGCAUAAAAGCUUAAAUGUCUGCUAAUCACAAUUAAAGCAGGGUGAAUAAGUCAAUUUUGUUCAAGCAAGACCUGAAAGUAUAACAUAACUUUUGUUGCCUUCAUUCCACUAGUCGCCACGUCAAAAUACAAGGGAGGAUAAUGUAUGUGCCACGCUAUUGCAAUGCUUAAAUCGCUCAUUAAAAUGCAUAAAUAAAAAUGUUUUAAUAAAACCACACCAGUCUCCCUGCUCAAACUAUUUAUUCUUGUUUAAACAAAAAUCAAGCAAUUAUAAAAUGAUUUUUUUGGCGUUGUGAGGCAGGAGGAAGAGGAGGAGUCCGUCAUCAGAUGAGGAAGACCACGCCCUCAGACACCAUGACCUGGUUGUCGUCCUGCAUGCGGCCCAGCAGCUGCUCUACCUCCCCCUCCUGGAAGCCUUCGCCCUGGGCCGGAGUGGGGUCCUUGUUGACCAGGCCCAGCAGCUCGGCCACCGCCACUGACUGGGAGCGCUUGGUCUUGAAGGCCUGCAGUAGAGCCCCCUUGAACGCCUUGAGUCUGGAGGACACGAUGGUCCAAUAAAAAAACAUUUAAUUAUACAGCCCUCUUCAAAGCACUGAAAGUGCUUCACAUGGGGAGGAAUAGUCCCACCUCAUCCACUACCAAUGCCCCUGUUCCACUUUUGUAUGCUUCAUUUAUGUAACCAAUUGCUGCUUACAUUUUUGUGCACUCAUAAUGGGGCACACUGGGUUAUUUGUUGCAACCUACUACUGCAAUGACCAUUUGGUAAAACAUUUAUUAGCAAAUGUUCUAUGCGGGUACAUGAAUGCGCCAUUAAAUCAAGACCAUGGAUACAUAUGCUAGUGAAGCAUAGAGAACACUCAUGUGCCCUGUGCCUUGGAGAGAAAUGGGCCAUCAUCUUGCAUAGAUCUCAAGUGUUGAUGGUGACAUAGGACAGUGUUUGACACUUAUUUUGGGAGGUGCUCCAUACCUGUCCUGACUUAUCUCCUUCUUCCGUGGAGUCUGCGAUAAAGGCUUGGGUCUUAGAUUGGGUUGGGCUGAAGUAAAAUAAAAUCAUAACAUCUAUUAUUUACAUUUAAACUUAAAUGUUGGGCCACUUUAAAGUGUAUUGACAUUUAACGCAGCUUUCACUUAACUUUUUUUGACACCAACAUUGAAGUAAAAGUCAACAAUGUUAAUUGGGAGCAUCGAUAAAAUGUAAAGAAAGAGUAAAAGUUAAAUUCUGCUUUCUGGCCCAAACUAUAAACGAGCCAAGUGUUGGGCAUCAUACCAUUCUCCUCCCCAGCAAAGUCAUAAGGAUCAGCCUUGGAGCCUGCCAUCUUGUUCAGGUCAUCUUUUGUAGCCAGGGCGCGUUGCCUAGUUCCAGAAAUAAGAAUGCAAAUCGUUUUCUAGGCUUCAGUUAUGCGCUAUCGAUUUGCAUAGCAGGUUAGUUUAAGUUGGUGAUCAAACAAAAAAAGCUGCGAUACUGAUCUAGUGACCUUUAGAUUACCAUUGAAGUUUGGAGGGCGUUUGCUCCAGAUAUGGUGAUAAAAAUAGUAAGUUUAGUUAGUGGCAUCUAUUGGAGGAAACCUUGACCCAGUAAUGGUGUGUUCACCAACAACAACAACAACAACAACAACAAAAAGGGGAUGAGUUGAAAAGAAGAAGACCUGGUGCUUCUCUUGGGAUCCUGGCUGUGACUUUCGGACUGGGAUUGCGUCUGGGAUUGGGACUGGGACUGGGACUGGGACUGGCUCAGGUCCAUGUCUUCAUCUGGAGCUUUACGCUUCUUUUCCUUCUCCAGUAUCUAGUAUACAAAAUUCUGAGCCGAGUUCAUUUUUCAACUCGGAUAAAUGAAAUCCAAAGUACGACUUGUGCAUCAAAACUGCUUGAAAUACUUUUAUGUAUCCUUUUAUCUUAUGGCUUUGGCAAUGACCUUUUUGAAGUAGGCAAACUGCAUCAGUUCAAGGGCAGCCUCCGCGUCUUCCAUGUCAAUGGUUUUACUCAUUCGGGCUUUGGCGUGCGCUGUGCCCAAUCGAAUCAUGGUCUCCAGGGCACGGGCAGUUACUGGGAUAGUCUGAGGCAAAAGAGCAACAAUCUUUUUUGGUUGC